AUGGCAGAAACACGGGAGGAGAUGCUGCGAGGAGUCCUGGGGGAAAUUGAGAAGCUUCUCGUGAAGCUGCUCAUGGAGUCUGAGAGAACCACCACAUCCGAGAACAUGUUGCUGCGGAACACCUCCACCGAUGCCCUAACCCAGUCCCUGCCGAUGGCCAGUGCCGCUCUCUCUACGGGAGACACCAUGAAGCAGCGAUAUCCCCUUUCACCGACUUCUCCGACUGAACCUCCGCCCCUCCUUUCUGAGGAGGCGCUGUGCCAGAAGGAGAACAGCCGCCACAGCAACCGCAGCAGCAACCACAGCCAGAAGGCAGAGCAUCCCAGCAAGAAGUCUCUGCGCUCUGUGAACAUCGUAGAUGAGCUCUAUGAGCUGGAUGGCUCAUCCCUGGAGUCUUUGGAGCUCUUUCAGCUCAACGAGUGCUGGGACCACAUGGGUGACGCUCACGUGAGCAGGUUCACGCGCCGUGCAUCCAUGGCCAUAACCGCGAAUUCUCACAUGGCCAUCUCGUCGCCGAUCAUCCCGAUCGCCCAGAGAAGGAGGUGCACGGCUGUCAAGCAGGUUUGGGCAAGCACCUUCCUGUUCCUGAUCCUUCUGGAGCUUGUGCAGUGGCCGCUGAUCGCAUUUCAGUCCCGGUAUGUUGGAAACAUGGACUUCGUGAAGCUGGGCUUUGAGCCACUUCGGCUGCACGAGUUGACGGUGCCCGGAUUCUGUCUUCCCUGGUCCUAG